AACCGAACGUAUGUCGUGUCGUGCCGUAUGGGUGAGCGAGGGGAAGCGCGGUCGCCGCCGCGGACCCGCGGUGUCCUCUCCACUCCAAACUGAAUAGCACCGCGCCGCCGCUGGAAAAUCCUCUCCAAUUGCUCGUCUGACCCAGCAAGCAACCCUAGCCUACCGCCCCUCCAUCCAAUACGCGCCGCCGCGGGCCAUGGAGUUCCGCUUCCGCGCCGGUGAACGCGGCCCCACCUCGCCGCCGCCCGCCUCCAGCGUCUCCCGCCCCAGCGACGGCUACUUCGUGCCGCGUGGCAUGCAAGGUGGGCCUUUGCCGCCACCGCCGCCGUUCGAGUGGGACGCGGCGAUGCGGGAACGGAUCAUUCAAGACGAGGUGAAGCGGCGGCUCGUCGAGGAGGAGGUGCGCCGCGAGUUCGAGGUCCACGGCGGGUUCGGGCCUGGGCCCUUCUUCGCUCCAGAUUUCGUCAUGCCGCCGCCGCUGAUGCCGAUGCCGAUGCUCCCGCCUCCGCACACGCUGCCGCCAAUGCCAUUUGAAGGGUUUGGAGCCUGGCCGGGGUUCGAUCAGUUCGGGCCUCGUGGGCCCGUCGGGUUUGGGCAGAUGAUGCUGCCCCGUGGUGAUGAGAGGAGGUGGUCUCCGCCGAGGCCGAAGCCGAAGCGUACUCUCGAACUGCGGGAGAUCGGGCCGAGCGAGAGACCUGAGGCUGUUUCAUCGAAAAUGAAGGUUCCAAAGAUGAAGAGGAAGGCAGAUGAAAUUGCUGCAACUACUUUACCAAGGAAAGUACAGAAACCAGCCAAGGACUGGAGCUGUGCACUAUGCCAGAUGACAGCAACUUGUGAAGCUGGUCUGAAUGAGCAUCUUGAAGGACGAAAACAUAAGGCGAAGUUAGCUAAAUGUGGAGCCAGCAAUGUGAUCAAUUAUGUCAAAAACAACUUGCAGACGACCACUGGGAAUAAGGACAGCACAGGCCCUAGUGAUGAACCUAAGAAAAUAUGCAUCCUAGUAGAUGGAGCAAUGCAUGAAGUUGUUCAGAAGAACAAUUACCUAUGGUGCGAUCGCUGCAAAGUCAGGUGCGAUAGCAACGUGACCAUGGCUGGUCAUCUGCGGGGCAAGAAGCACAGUCAAUUAAACAAGGUUUGGACAUCGAUACUGGCUGUGAGAAUGAAUAAGAAAACUGAGGAAGGUUUGGCUUCUCCUUGUGGAAGUAAGUUAAAUGCAAAUGAUUGUACUGAAAUUCCAGCCGUAAUUAUGGGCGACCUAGACAUGGCCAUCAAGGUAGAUGAAAGUGGCCCUAUAGAAAUUAAGAAAGAAAGCACAAACAUGGGUACAGAAGUACAUGAAAAUAGCCCUGUGGAAACUAAGAAGGAAGACAUGGACAUGACAAAUGAUGGGAUCCAACUCGUGCCAAAGGAGGAGUAACACCAUACCUUGGUCCUCACCCAAACUUCUUGCUUGAAUUCUUUCAUUAGUCAUCAUCUUAUCGCGAAACAUAUGCCUAGGUGAGGUUGCCACCCAUAUGUAGUUUGUAUGGUAACAAUAAUGCAUAUGGGCAGUGUUUACUUGUUAAGUUUCUUGGGUGCUGGUAAUCAAGUUAGAAUGUUGCAAGUCCAAUGCCGGCUUGUAGGACAUGUAACUUGAUUGCCAUUCUCCAGGUAACUUUGCAUGAGAACAUUGUUCAUUAGAUUUAUGUAUUAUUGUUACUCUGCGGGCAUGUUUGCUACAUAAAGAUAUUUCUAUGUAGAAUGCCCAGUGUGAGUUGUACCUGAGUACUUAUACUUUGUUUUGAUUGUUGCCCUCUGGUUCUUUGUACUGGGCAGAGGUGGGAUGGUUUAGCUCGUCAUGAGUAGGGUUUCCCGGUUU